AUGGAAUACAACCUGGAUGAUCUCGACGCCUCACUGUCAGCAGCGGCCACGAGCCCCAUCGGACCGGGUAACCGGGCUCCUCCCAAUCUGCCAGCUUUGCGCCGUGGUAAUUCGACGCCAAAGGUGCCGAGUACCCGUAGAGGCAGUCUUGUGCCUCCGGGCGCCGACUUAGGUUCUUCGGGGCAUGUUAAACGGCGGCAACCACGGCUUCAUGAACUCAACUUGUUCCACUUUGAUCUCCGAGAACUAGUCAAGGAAGUCCUCUUUACAGAGGGCGAUAGUCGGGUCUCGUACCAUGAGUAUGCCGUUUUUACGCCCCCUGAUGGUGUGGGGGAGCCCCAUUCGCCAUCUAUCAUGGCUUCUGGCGACGAAGCAUUGCUUAUGUUCCGUAAUGCCGUCCAAAGCGGACAUGGUUUGGACGACGAAGGCAAUUUUACAGCAGCGCCCAAAGGCAAACCACGCCUACAAGGCAGAGUCAGACAAGUAAUUGCCGAGCGCCGCGUACGUUCUGGAGCUUCCGAACCAGGUAUCCAUCCUGAUGGUCUCUUUCUUACAGUCGAUGAUUAUGAAUCUCUGGGAUUACAUUCUGGGACGCUGCCAUCAACGCAGCGCAUCACUGUCGAAUCCAUGUUUUGGAAUGCCCGCAAGGAUACGUUACACCUCAUUCUUAGCUUUUCCAACCACCCCCCACCGCCGUAUGAUUUCCUCUCUAUGUCAUACAAUCUGCGCACACGGGUUACCACGUCACUGAUUCGACGGUCGUUCGAUACCCGAUGGCAUGAUGAAGAUGCCCUAGAUGAGUAUGAGCGUCGAUUAGACGCUAGCCGAGAUAGAUGGGCACAUCCGCUCGUGCUUCCGACAGUCUUGCUUCAAGUUCAACUAUUGCGUUGCGAAGAGGCUGUUGUUGCUAAUAAUGGCGAAGUCCUCGAACUUGAAGGUCGCGUAGAUGAUUUGACGGGAAGUCACCGAAGCGCUGCUGCAGAGUUACGGAGACUUCACUCAAGCAAGAGUGACAGCCCGCCGUUCAGCCCUCUGAGAAGGUUAAACACCAUCAGAGACCUUGUUGGAGACAAAAUGGGGCGCCGCAACGACGAUCACUUCAAACCUGAGUAUCCCCAGCCGUUGGAGGACGAUUACGUUCCACCUCAAACUAUUCAUCUUAUGAAAGAAGCCCACGAUGUACUGAAAGGUGCCAUUCAGUUGCUUGACACUUUGAGAUGGAUGGAACGUGCCGUGAAACUUCUGAUUCAAGCUGGCGACGAAUUGGAUGCCCGACUAACAGAAUUGAAUCAGAAAUCGGCUGAAAAAGGCGGUUCUGCGGUUGCAAAUGAUGAAGAGAAUGAGUUAUCAUAUCAUUGGCACGAGAUUCGGCAAUAUCUUGACUGCACCUGGCGUUUAUGUACCUCUCUUGAGACCGACAGACGCAUGUCGGAACUACGUUGCCGCGCCCAGAUUGACAUUAUCUACUCAAAGAUGGCGCAGGAGGACAAUAACCUAAAUGCCCGUAUGGCAGUAGCAUCGACACGAGAUAGUUCUUCAAUGAAAGCACUCGCGGUCAUCACCGCCAUCUUCUUACCUGGCGAGUUCAUAAGCAGUCUUUUCGGCAUCUCUAUGUUUGACUGGGAAUGGGGAACAGCAUCAGACGAUGGAACGAGUCAAGAUGCCAACCCCGACCUUCCUCACCCGGUUAUCAUGCCACUCUUCUGGGUAUAUUGGGCCUUCACAUUGCCUCUUACCAUUUUCAUCGUGGUGCUAUGGAGGGCCUGGUGGGUCAACCAGGAUCGAUUUUUUCGGCGGCACUUAAGUAUGGAACUCAGCAACGAACGAUACUGGACUACCGACGGGAAGCCUCGAGACCUCGAAACUUCUUUCCUACAGGAUUUCUUCAGUCUAUUCAGCCGAAGCGGAGCAGGCAGUACGUCGAAUACCACCAUCCUAGGUCCUAACACGCGGAAGAGGACGAUGAGUAUCGAGUCACAGGGCCCACUUCCACCUCGACGCGGUGGAACUUUGAGUGCCAGCACGACAUUAGGAAAGGAGUGGGAUGGUGCUGGUAACAACAAUCCUGGUGACGAAUAUGCAAGAGCUACAAGGCAAAGAACUAUAUCAUUUGCAUGGCAACCUCGAGUUCCAUCACCAUCAAGAGCUGUUUAA